GUUGGCAUCUCUGCAAAAGCGCCAGGUCUUAUCUAUCCACCAUUGAUGCUCGCUGUCAUGGGACCUCACACGGAUUUAAAUCAUAACAACCAAAGUCUUUAAAACCUGAAUUUUAGGUUCAAUUUUGUUUCAUUUCCCGUUUUUAAACAAGAGAGGGCGGGCACCUCACACCUCCUACACAAAUCCACAGGAGAGACCCAUUUUCAAAAAGGCUUCAGAGAUCAUAUUAAGUGAUGGCAGAAGCCGAGGAUAUUCAGCCUCUUGUAUGUGAUAAUGGAACAGGAAUGGUCAAGGCUGGAUUUGCUGGAGAUGAUGCUCCAAGGGCAGUCUUCCCCAGUAUCGUGGGCCGCCCACGUCACACCGGUGUCAUGGUUGGCAUGGGCCAAAAAGAUGCCUACGUCGGUGAUGAGGCUCAAUCCAAGAGAGGCAUUUUGACUCUAAAAUAUCCAAUUGAGCACGGAAUUGUCAGCAAUUGGGAUGACAUGGAGAAAAUUUGGCAUCAUACCUUCUACAAUGAACUUCGUGUGGCCCCGGAAGAGCAUCCCAUUCUCUUGACAGAAGCUCCUCUUAACCCCAAGGCGAAUCGUGAAAAAAUGACUCAAAUCAUGUUUGAGACUUUCAACACUCCUGCUAUGUAUGUUGCCAUUCAAGCCGUUCUUUCGCUUUAUGCCAGUGGUCGUACAACUGGAAUUGUUCUCGACUCUGGUGAUGGUGUCAGCCAUACAGUCCCCAUCUAUGAAGGUUAUGCACUCCCCCAUGCAAUCCUGCGUCUGGAUCUAGCCGGGCGUGAUCUCACUGAUGCCCUCAUGACGAUAUUGACUGAGCGAGGCUACUCUUUCACCACAUCUGCUGAGCGUGAAAUUGUAAGAGAUAUAAAAGAGAAACUAGCUUACAUUGCUCUCGACUAUGAACAAGAGCUAGAAACUGCAAAAACCAGCUCAUCUGUGGAGAAGAACUAUGAACUGCCUGACGGACAGGUGAUCACUAUUGGUGCUGAGCGAUUUCGCUGCCCAGAAGUACUUUUCCAGCCAUCAAUGAUUGGUAUGGAAUCUGCUGGCAUACAUGAAACUACUUAUAACUCUAUCAUGAAGUGUGACGUUGAUAUUAGGAAGGAUCUGUAUGGAAACAUUGUCCUCAGUGGUGGUUCAACAAUGUUCGGUGGAAUUGCUGAUAGGAUGAGCAAGGAGAUUACAGCAUUAGCUCCAAGCAGCAUGAAGAUUAAGGUGGUGGCUCCACCUGAGAGGAAAUACAGUGUCUGGAUUGGGGGUUCCAUUUUAGCCUCUCUCAGCACUUUCCAGCAGAUGUGGAUAGCCAAGGCAGAGUACGAUGAGUCCGGGCCUUCGAUUGUCCACAGAAAGUGCUUCUAAAAUUACCUAUGACGAAAAGAAAUUGUUGAGGAAUUUAUACAUUCUAUUUUGGAAAAGGCUUUUCAUUAAGAUUGCUGAUUGCUGCUUCUCAUUUGUAUUUUCACAUUUUUUUUCUUGUUCUUUCCUAUGGGGCUAUAGCAUUGCAACAAAAUAAUAUCAUCUUACGCAAUAUUUGUUUUUCCAUUGAUAUUAAAUUAUAGUAUAGUUGAGUGUUUUAAGUGUUAUUAUGAUUUAAGUUCUGAAUUAAAGGCUC